AGACCCUCCCUCACCAAACCAUCCAGAAAACGAAGCAAGAACCCAACCCGGAGCCCAAACCAACCAAACCAAACCAACCAGACCAAAUCAACCCACAAAAACCCAAGCAAUGACCACCAUCCCCGCCGUCCGCCUCCUCAUGCACGCCGGGACCUCCCAAGAAUACACCAUGACCGUCCCGACGGCACCACACAUCUACACGGCGCCGUCCCCGCGCGCCCCCUCUCCCGCCGGGGUUUUGGUGCCGUACCGGGCACCCACCCCGGUGGCAGCCCCGACCGCCCCGCAGUCCUAUAACUCCAUGACUACGGCAAUGACUUACCGUCCGCCGGCAAACCAGCCGGACCACUGGUCGCUGCGCGUGCCCGAUGCUGCCGGCGACGGGUGGCACAAGUGGGAGUACACGCAUAUGCAUGCGCCCGCUGAGUGUGGCUGCAGGGAGUGCGCGAAGGAUAGGGAGAGGGAGAGGGAGCGCGAGGAGAGGAUGGAGAAGGAGAGGGUGUGGCAGCGCGAGAAGGAGCGGGAGCGGUCGAGGGAGAGGCUUGUUGUUGUUAGAAGGUCCACGAGGUACUGGCGCUGAAGCGUCAGGAGUGAUGGGAUCUGGUAGCUUGUUUAGUUUUUGUUUUGGGAGGUUUUUGGGAUUCGCUGGGAGUUUUCUGUUUGUUAUUGUUGUGCCUUUGACUGGAUAGGAGUUUUUUGGUUUUAUGAUGAUGUCUGAAGAGACGAUGAACUUUAUGGUUAACUAUGAGCGUUUGCUUUGGUGGAUUUGAUUUGGUACUCCGAGUAUUUAGACAAAUGAGAUUCUCUGUUGAAGC